AUGGCCUCGCAUGACCCCAACCAGGGCUCUGUCCAUUCCCCAGGCGACCUCGGGAACCGCAGUGUGAGCCCACAACCACAUCCACCGCAAUAUCAUAACCCGAAUGCCGGAUUGAGCAUCGACCCCUCCAUGGGCGCUUAUCCAACGGCCCCCUCCUUCCACAACCAGGAUGGAGGUAUUGGCGCUGAAUCAUAUGGCUAUCCGAAUUACUCCUCUACCUUGUCUCCGACGCAGACACUGUCCCCGCCGGCGGAUCAAAACUACCCCCCGGCGAUCAACACCAAUAAUCUUCCGAUGUCGCAGUCUUUCGAGACAAGCCUCGUCAAUCAGCUCGAGCACUCCUCGAAUGGAUUGCGGCCAAUGCAGGAAGAGAACUUCUCCAACAUGCUAAACUCCAAUCAGCCGGAAUUGGACUUCUCUCUCUACCAAAACCACAGCCCUACCUCCGAGUAUGAUUCAUCGCAGUUGUUGGACCCGCAGAUGCAUCAGCGCCAGUCAAUGAACCAAGCCAUCAACCCGGCCGACCUGGUCAGUCCAAUCUCGAAUUCUGGCUCUUCGCAUCCGUCACAAGAUCCGCAGCACUCCUCUCCUGGCCCUAUGUCUCCUCCGGGGUCCACGCCGGGUACAUACUACACUCCCCAACAUUCGCGGCACACCUCGUUAGACCCAUCGACGGCCUAUUACAACCCUCACCCGAAUCCGGACUGGCAGUCUGUUAUGAACAAUGUCUCUUUCCAGGGGCAUCGACGUGCCCCAUCCGAGGUAUCCGAGGUUUCCUCGGCCAAUCACUCUCCGUACCUGUCUCAACAUGAAUUCGAUGGCAUCGAGAACAACGCGUCGCCUUCUUUGGCUCCCCAGAGCGACCCGACUCUGUAUGAAAAUGGCCUCGGCAUGGAAUCCUUCACCUUGUCGGAGCAACAACAGCAGGGCAUUAGCCCACUUCAAACCCCCUACAUCUCCCCGCGAUUGAUGCCACAACAGGGGGGUGAGAUGAUCCCCAAUACCUCGUAUCUUUCUCCGUUCCCCGCAGCACCCACGGACAUGUACGGAAUGCCUCAGGAGGACAUGAUGAACAUGGGCCAGCUGAACAAUGCACCGGGUGACAUUGGACAGGCUUCUCAAAUGGCUCCUCCGUCAAUUAAUGUCGAGUUCGCUCCGCCACUGCGGAAUCAAAACUUUGAUUCAUCGAAACCAACAGCAGAUUACGAUUCGUUGAGCCCUCCCGCCAUGAGGUCCCGAGUAAGGAGCAAAUCCGAUCCUUAUCACCCCGCUUCCCGGCCACGCUCUCCAGCGGCAUCAGCAACAAGCCUGGAGCCUCAUGCGCCUACUACCCCACGUUCCCUGUCACCUGUUGGUUCAGUUGGCUCGCACUCACGCAGUAGUCCGGGCUCUCGCGACGCAUCGCCUUCCCGAUCCAACCGCCGACUUUCAACCUCGUCGAUCGAGAACCGAAAUUACAUUCUCGACUUGGCCGAUCCUCAACGUCCAGGCGCAGCGCCUGGUGAACCGAAACGGGUACAGAAACACCCUGCCACCUUCCAAUGCACUCUAUGUCCUAAACGCUUUACCCGCGCCUACAACUUGCGGUCCCACCUACGCACGCACACCGACGAAAGACCCUUCGUAUGUACAGUCUGCGGCAAAGCAUUUGCGCGACAGCACGACCGCAAACGACACGAAGGUUUGCAUUCCGGUGAAAAGAAGUUCGUCUGCCGCGGUGAGCUCUCCCGCAGCGGCCAAUGGGGUUGCGGUCGACGAUUUGCCCGCGCAGAUGCUCUUGGCCGCCAUUUCCGAUCUGAAGCUGGCCGAGUCUGCAUCAAGCCCUUGCUCGAUGAGGAGUCUGCCGAGCGUGACCGCGUUCUGGAACAUCACCCGCAGCAAUCUGGCCAUCUUCAACCGAUUCCCCAGCCGCUGGUGAUGCCUAACAUGCCCGGUAUGGACGGGCAGUCCUCUGGUAAUUUCGUGUUACCUGCUGCCCUUCUGGCGCAGUAUCCCGCCCUUCAAAAUCUGCAAUGGGACCAGAUCCCUGCGGCAGAAGAGGAGAUCGGUGGGAGGAGCAGUUUUGACGCCAGUUCGGGUGGGGAGUUUGGUUUUGAUGAAGAUGAUUCGGGCCUCUCGUAUAACCAGGGGAAUUUAUAUGCGAAUAAUUCGCAGAUGAUGAUGAACCCUGGGGACCCGGGAUACUCGAAUCAAAAAUGGACCGGGUGA